AUCUUAUCUCCUCUCUCAUUCUCUUCUUCCAAACCUCUCCACCACCAUUACCCAAACAAAAAACAAAAAAAUCCACAAACGCAAGAAAUAACCAAACCAUCUCUCUUUUCCUCUUUCUCUCUCUAGAAUCUCUCUCUCUCUCCUCUAUGGCCACAAACACUCUCCAUUCCAUACCCCACAACCACCACUCUCUCCUCAAACGCCACCACUCCUCAGACGCAGCUCCCUCUCUCUUUCUCAAACCCACCACCACCCCCACAACCAAACCCAUUUCUCUCUCCUCCUCCACCCUCACAUUUUCUCUCUCCCCAAACACCACCACUUCCUCCUCUUUCUCCGCCGCCGCUUCCUCGACCUCCCUCGACCUCCUCCGCAGCCAUCUUGCCGCCGGCGACUUCCGACAGGCCGACGAGGAGACCCGCCGCCUCCUCAUAGCCCUCGCCGGAGACGCCGCCCAGAAGCGCGGCUACGUCUUUUUCUCCGAAGUCCAGUACAUCACCGAAUCCGACCUCAAAGCCAUCGACGAGCUUUGGAGAACCUUCAGCGACGGGAAAUUCGGAUACAGCGUCCAAAAGAAGAUCUUCAACAAGGUAAACAACGACUUCACCAGAUUCUUCAUCAAAGUCGGGUGGAUGAAGAAGCUCGCUACCACCGAGGUCGAGCAGUACAACUACAGGUCGUUUCCGACGGAGUUCUUCUGGGAGAUCGACGGCGAUACUCCCGAGGGGCAUCUGCCAUUGACGAACGCUUUGAGAGGGACCCAGUUGCUCAAAAGUAUUCUCGCUCACCCCGCGUUUAACGACGUCCUUGAAGAAGAAGAAGAAGAAGAAGACGACGAAAAGGUUGUCGAAGGUGUUGUUGGAGGAGGGUUGAUGAAGGGAUUGAUGGGAGGAGGAGAGAAAGGUGCGACGAGCAAGGGAGUUUUCAAACCGGAUUACAGCUUUUGAUGCUACUACUAUUGUGAUUAUACGAAGGAGAAAAAUGACACUGAUUAAUUAUUAAUUGGGUUUUGGAAUUUGUGAUGGAAACGCAAUUGAUCGUACCAUCUUUUUACCAUAAAAAUAUACAUACAUACAUACAUAUAUAUAUAUAUAUUAAUUUUUGUUAUCACCGUUUCUGUUCCCACAAUUGAUACGUUACAAGAUGGCAGGCAAAUACCCAAGAGGUUAGAUAAGGUAGAGAAUGUUUUUGCUGUUUUUUUUUUUUUCCCUGAAAAUAAGAUGGAGAAUGUUGUGGUAAGAAUACAAAAUUUGUGAAUUCUAUGGUGCGGGAAU